AUGGAGAAUCAAAAUCACCUCUCUGAGGCACAACGACUCGCCUUAGAUAAACUAUCUGCGUUCGUCGGGCCUGAUCAAAUCGAGGCCCUUUUGGCCCAAGGCCCCGAGGUUCUAAAUGCUCGCCUUGAGGCCUUUAUGCGUUAUGAGGAAACGCUCCUCGGGCAGGUCCAUGACCAGGCAGCGUCAGCUGCGCCUAUACAGUACAUUCCGGUACCUGUGCCCGAUGCAGAGCCAAAGGCUCGUCCACUUGUUUUAAAUGUAAAGACCUUCGAAGGGAAGGAGGGAGAGAACCUUCUUCUCUGGAUCCGAGAAGUUGAAAUGGCAAUGGAUGCCGCCAUGCUUGUAUCCGAUAAGCAACGAGUUGGCUUGGCCAUUUCUAAGCUCGGUGGAAGAGCUAGAGAGUGGGCUCUAACGAGCGAUGUCUCUGUAAAUGCCGCAUUUCCCACAUGGGAAAUGCUUAAAAAGCAAUUAGCUUGUGUGUUUGCACCGCCUAAUCAGGCUUAUCGUGUGCGCUCACGCUUCCUAGCUACCCGACAGGGUAAGAAAGAAUUGUCGGACUAUGUCCAAGAGUUGAGAACUCUCAUUGCUGCUAUGCAGCAGGACCCACUGGCAGAGGAAGUCCGAGUAACCAUUUUUUAUGGAAGGACUUCGCACUGGGGUCGCCAGGACGGAAGAGGUAAAGGUAAACAGGGCUUAGCCCCAGGUGGUUCUGUGGAUGCUCCCAUAGAACAAAAUUACAAGCCAGGCUUGUUGGUUGUGUCGGCAAACGGAAAGGGUUUUGAGAAACCCUGGUCAAUUUUAAUUGACUCAGGGGCGUCAGGGAACUAUGUCCGACGUCGCUCCCUUGAGGGGAGUCAGCUGUAUGCUGAGGCGCUAGAAGCGCAAGAGGGUGACAGUAUAACCGUACGUCUCGCGACCGGUGUACGUGUCACCGUUCCUAAAGUUCCGUUGAACUUAGAUGUGAAAUUUUUAGAUUUCAAUAGCGUUGAACGCUGUCUUGUCCUAGAUUUGGACUCGAGAUAUGAUCCCAUUCUCGGUAUGGCCUGGCUGGAACGCCAUGAGCCGUGGAUCGAUUGGAGAUCCAAAACUAUAGGCGCAACGCGCAAUGUUCCUAGCGAAGCUUUGGAGAGUCAUGAACCCACCUUCGCUAGAAUACAAAAGUGCUAUUGGCGCGAGCCAUUAACUGAUUCAGUUAGUGUGCUGGACAUUGGAGUGUCUGAGUUGAUAAACUCCGAUGUCAACAAUAAUAGUGUCGAGCAGAGCUCAAUGACACUUAGUGGAACGGAACGUACUCCGUUGAGUGAUACUCAAAGUAAUAUGGAGACGCUGGAUGUCGGUAAUGACAUCGGCUCUCGUAUAGAGCAAGUUAAGGUCUAUGACCUUGUUAGUAAUAUUGGCUGUAAAUGCGAUUUACUGGAUGUCGGUAAUGACAUCGGCUCUCGUAUAGAGCAAGUGAAAGUCGAUGACCUUGUUAGUGAUAUUGGCUGUAAAUGCGAUUCACUGGAUGUCGAUAAUGACAUCGGCUCUCGUAUAGAGCAAGUGAAGGUCGAUGACCUUGUUAGUGAUAUUGGCUGUAAAUGCGAUUCACUGGAUGUCGAUAUUGACAUCGGCUCUCGUAUAGAGCAAGUGAAGGUCGAUGACCUUGUUAGUGAAGUCACUGGUACUAGUGACCCACUGGGUGUCGGUAAUGACAUCGGCCCUCGCAUAGGGCAAGUAAACGACAAGGGGUCUGUUGACCUUGGGGAUGAUAAUAUCCCAAGUACUUUAUAUGGUACGGUCUCGUCAAGGAGACGGCAGCGUCGCCAGAUGGCGGCUGCGAGACGCAAAGCGUCUGUUUUAUCGCAUAAUAAUGUCAGUGACCAGUUGUACACCCUGGUCAGCGGAGUGACAGGUGAUGUAGAUGGUGAGGUUGACCUUGAGGCACUCCCAUCAUUAAAUGCUCUUUUAGAGCUAGACGAAAUGUCUGUGGAUGAAUUUCAUCAGGCCUUGAAGGUAGGUGCUCUAAUCGAUAUGGUGGUCAUUCGACCUAACCUCGAGUUGAACUCAUCCUCGCUUGUCGAUGAGACAGUCCUUGAAGAUACCAAAGCAGCACUAAGUGCACGUAGUGGGGCAUCUAUUCUGAAAAACCCUUCAGAUCCCUACUAUCCUUUGGUAAAGGAAUUCCAGGACGUGGUGUGUCACGAUCCACCGUCGGUUCUACCACCUGAUAGGGGCGUACGUCAUGAAAUUGACUUGGUUCCCGGAACCAAAUACUGUGUAACACGGCAGUGGCCUUUACCCAAAGAACAGUGUGACGUCAUUGACGAGUUCUUUCGUGCAAAGCACGCGGCGGGCAUGAUGGCGUAUCUUUCAUGCUUAUAA